UUUGUGGGCCAAAUGUUGACAUUCGCAAUGAUAUCCAUGAGCUGAAACGCCUGGAGAACUGUACGGUAAUUGAGGGUUUCCUUCAAAUUCUGCUCAUCUCUAAAGCAGAGGAUUACCGCAACUUCCGCUUCCCAAAGCUCACUGUCAUAACUGACUAUUUGCUGCUGUUCCGUGUGGCAGGCUUGGAAAGCCUCAGUGAUCUCUUCCCCAACCUCACGGUCAUUCGUGGGAGGAACCUCUUCUACAACUAUGCCUUGGUUAUCUUUGAAAUGACAAAUCUUAAAGAGAUUGGGCUUCACAACUUGAGGAACAUAACCCGCGGGGCCAUACGGAUUGAGAAGAACUCUGACCUGUGUUACCUCUCCACGGUGGACUGGUCUCUCAUCUUAGAUGCAGUGUCCAACAACUACAUCGUUGGGAAUAAACCUCCAAAGGAAUGUGGGGACUUGUGUCCAGGAACAAUGGAAGAGAAGCCAUUGUGUGAGAAGACGUCUAUAAACAAUGAGUACAACUACCGCUGCUGGACCACCAACCACUGCCAGAAAAUGUGCCCCAGCUCGUGUGGCAAGCGAGCCUGUACAGACCAAAAUGAGUGUUGCCAUCCUGAAUGCUUGGGUAGCUGUACAGCACCUGACAACAACACCGCUUGCGUGGCCUGCCGCAAUUACUACUACGAAGGAGUCUGCAUGCCCACCUGCCCUCCCAACACCUACAAGUUCGAGGGCUGGCGCUGCGUGACUAAAGAGUUUUGCUCCAAAGUCCCUGCCACCGAAACAAGUGAAUAUGAGAGGUUUGUGAUUCACAACGAUGAGUGCAUGGCAGAAUGCCCCUCUGGAUUCAUACGCAACGGGAGCCAAAGCAUGUUCUGCAGUCCUUGUGAGGGGCCUUGCCCCAAAAUUUGUGAGGAUGGGAAAACAAAGACCAUUGACUCUGUCACGUCAGCACAAAUGUUGCAGGGAUGCACAAUUCUCAAGGGAAAUCUGCUGAUUAACAUCCGUCGUGGAAAUAACAUCGCCUCAGAACUGGAGAAUUUUAUGGGUCUGAUUGAAACAGUAACAGGGUAUGUGAAGAUUCGUCAUUCCCAUGCAUUAGUCUCCCUGUCUUUCUUGAAGAACCUGCGGUAUAUUCUGGGAGAGGAACAGGUGGAUGGGAAUUAUUCCUUCUAUGUUCUUGACAACCACAAUCUUCAGCAGCUAUGGGACUGGAACCAUCACAACUUGACAAUCAAGGAGGGGAAAAUGUACUUUGCCUUUAAUCCUAAACUGUGUGUUUCUGAGAUUUACCGUAUGGAGGAAGUUUCAGGAACCAAGGGACGACAGAGCAAAGGAGACAUAAAUCCAAGGAACAAUGGGGAGAGAGCCUCUUGUGAAAGCCACAUUUUGCAUUUUGUUUCCAACACUACGCUCAAGAAUCGGAUUAAACUAACAUGGGAACGGUAUCGCCCUCCAGAUUAUAGAGAUCUCAUUAGCUUCACUGUUUACUACAAAGAAGCACCAUUCAAAAACGUGACAGAGUAUGAUGGGCAAGAUGCGUGUGGCUCCAAUAGCUGGAACAUGGUCGAUGUUGACCUGCCACCCAACAAAGAGAACAAUCCUGGAAUUCUACUGCAGGGAUUGAAACCUUGGACUCAAUAUGCCAUUUAUGUCAAGGCUGUUACCCUCACAAUGAUGGAAAAUCAUCAUAUUCAUGGAGCAAAAAGUGAAAUCGUAUAUAUACGAACCAACGCUGCAGUGCCAUCCAUUCCCUUGGAUGUUAUUUCAGCAUCCAACUCCUCAUCCCAACUGAUUGUGAAAUGGAAUCCUCCCUCUCUUCCCAAUGGCAACCUCUCAUACUAUAUCGUACGAUGGCAGCAGCAACCUCAGGACAGUUACCUUUACAGACACAAUUACUGCUCCAAAGAUAAAGUCCCAAUUCGAAGAUAUGCUGAUGGGACCAUUGAUACAGAAGAAGCUACUGAACCCACCAAGCCAGAGGGCUGUGGGGGAGAAAAAGGACCUUGUUGUGCUUGUCCCAAGACAGAGGCAGAAAAGCAAGCUGAGAAGGAGGAAGCAGAGUACCGGAAAGUCUUCGAGAACUUCCUUCACAACUCCAUCUUUGUCCCCAGACCUGAUCGGAAGCGGAGGGAUGUGUUCCGAAUAGCAAAUGCCACUUUGGCCACUCGAAACAGAAAUGUGACUGGAACAGAUCACUUCACCAAUGUUUCUGAUGCAGAAGAGAGUGAGGUGGAAUACCCGUUCUUUGAGACCAAAGUGGAUGGCAAGGAGAGAACUGUGAUCUCCCAUCUCCAGCCUUUUACUCUUUACCGCAUCGAUAUUCACAGCUGCAAUCAUGAAGCUGACACCCUUGGUUGUAGUGCUUCCAACUUUGUCUUUGCAAGAACCAUGCCUUCAGAGGGAGCAGAUAACAUUCCAGGAACGGUAGCAUGGGAAGCAAAAGAAGAAAAUACUGUCUACCUGAAGUGGUUGGAGCCUGCAAAUCCAAAUGGGCUGAUACUAAUGUAUGAAAUCAAAUACGGGCAGCAUGGAGAGGAGAAGCGGGAAUGUGUUUCCAGACAGGAAUACAAGAAGCUUGGAGGAGCUAAACUAACUCAUCUGAACCCCGGAAACUAUUCUGCUAGAGUUCAGGCCACUUCGUUAGCUGGAAACGGGUCAUGGACUGAGCCAGUCUCUUUCUAUGUACAACCCAAAUCAGCAAACUAUGGAAACUUCCUGCACUUGAUAAUUGUGCUUCCUAUUGCUUUCCUGCUCAUCGUUGGGGGAUUACUGAUAAUGCUGUACGUCUUUAACAAAAAGAGGAACAGUGACAGACUGGGCAAUGGAGUGCUUUAUGCUUCUGUGAACCCCGAGUACUUCAGUGCUUCAGAUGUGUAUGUUCCAGAUGAAUGGGAGGUGCCUCGUGAGAAGAUCACCAUGUGUCGAGAGCUUGGGCAAGGCUCUUUUGGAAUGGUCUAUGAGGGAAUAGCCAAGGGAGUGGUGAAGGAUGAGCCGGAGACCAGGGUGGCCAUCAAGACUGUGAAUGAGUCUGCAAGCAUGCGUGAGAGGAUAGAGUUCUUAAAUGAGGCGUCGGUGAUGAAGGAGUUCAAUUGUCACCAUGUGGUUCGUCUGCUUGGUGUUGUUUCUCAGGGCCAGCCUACGCUGGUUAUCAUGGAGCUGAUGACACGUGGAGACCUCAAAAGUUACCUGAGAUCACUGAGGCCAGACACAGAGAAUAAUCCUGGCCAGGCACCUCCAACUCUGAAGAAGAUGAUUCAGAUGGCGGGAGAGAUUGCUGAUGGGAUGGCGUACCUCAACGCCAACAAAUUUGUUCACAGAGAUCUUGCUGCAAGAAACUGCAUGGUGGCAGAAGACUUCACAGUGAAAAUUGGAGAUUUUGGCAUGACAAGAGAUAUCUACGAGACAGAUUAUUAUCGUAAAGGAGGGAAAGGUUUGCUGCCUGUCCGCUGGAUGUCCCCAGAAUCACUGAAAGAUGGAGUCUUCACAACACACUCCGAUGUCUGGUCUUUCGGUGUUGUACUUUGGGAGAUUGCAACAUUAGCGGAGCAGCCGUACCAAGGCAUGACCAAUGAACAAGUGCUCCGCUUUGUGAUGGAAGGAGGUCUGCUGGAAAAACCAGACAACUGUCCUGAUAUGCUGUUUGAAUUGAUGCGCAUGUGCUGGCAGUACAAUCCGAAAAUGAGGCCCUCCUUCCUGGAAAUAAUCGGUAGCAUUAAAGACGAGCUGGAUCCAGCAUUCAAAGAGGUCUCCUUCUUCUACAGUGAAGAGAACAAGCCUCCGGAUACAGAGGAGCUUGACCUGGAGACUGAAAACAUGGAGAGCAUUCCUUUAGAUCCCUCUUCCACCCUCCAACCCACUGACAAGCACUCAGGACACAAAGCCGAGAACGGCCCAGGCGUGGUGGUCCUUCGGGCCAGCUUCGAGGAGAGACAGCCGUACGCACACAUGAACGGGGGACGCAAGAACGAGAGGGCCUUACCGUUGCCCCAGUCUUCGGCCUGCUGAUCCUUAGAACCAGAAUCUCACAGAAAUAACACACAGAAAAACACACGCAUUGGGGGAAGAAAGAAAGAAAAUUACAAUAUAUUCAAAAGCCUACUGUACCUCAGUGGAUCUUCAGAACUGCCAUAGCUGCACUUGGGAGAACCCUUUUUUCAGUAAACAAGUUACCGUAUUUUUCUUUUUUCAAUAUGCAAGCAGAUGUUUGUUUCAGUAACGGACUCCGUUCAUGGGGCGCACAGUUGGCCUUUUAAAACUCUAAUGUUAACACUUAAUAGCAACAGAAAACUUGGGAUCUGAUGUCUCUCUCUCCUCUCUCUCUCUUUCUCUUUCUUUCUCUCUCUCUCUUUGCUUCAUAAUGGGAAACAUAUCUGCGUGCAAGUUCAACCGUACAGCACUUUUAUCAGAUCAAAGAUAUCGCAGGCCAGGUGGCUCCCCGGUACCCUGCAAGCACCUGCCUAACACUGUAGGUCUUUAU